AUGUCAGAUGUCAGUCAAGCGCAUCGUCCUGAACGCCUGGAGUCUGCUCGCAUGGAGGUAGCUGAAGAGUCGCCAUACAUCAAGAAGGUGGAGGUAGAAUUUGUCCACAUUAAAGAGGAGCAGGAGGAGUACUUCAUUAGACUGCAGAACCCCCACAUUGAGGAGCAGCAGCAACCUCAUCCCCUCAAAAAGGAGGAGGAAGACCCUCCAUAUGUUAAAGUUGAGGUGGAGGACAUCCCCAAGUGGAUUAGUGAGCCCUUAAAGGGUGAAGAUGGAGGUCCGAGUGAAGCCAGCAGAGGGACGGAGCCUCCGAAUGGCAGCAACAGCAGUUCAAAAGAAGGAUCCCAAGCAGACAACCCCCUCGCUGGACCAUCGGAUAUUGUCGACUUCACACCACACUCACUGUUCUGUUUCAGCAAAUAUCUUGGUCCUGAUGCUCAACAGCUUAAGAGAGAAGUACAACUUCCAAUCAAAAAGGAGGAGGUAGAACUGCCAUACGUGAAAGAAGAGGACGAUAUCACCAUGUCGACUGCUGAGCCCUUGAAUAGCGAGGAUGGUUCAAGUGGGGCCAGCAGAGGGACGGAGCCUCCAAGCAGCAGCUCAACGGAAGUAUCGCAAGCACACAUUUUCCUUGCACCAACAGAUAGAAAUGGCGCCACGUCACACUCACCUUACAAAGAUGAUGGUCAGAAGAAAUCUCACCGUGACGACAAACUCUGCAAAUGCUCUCAGUGUGAGAAAACCUUUGUUAAUAACUGUAAUUGUCAUAUGCAUAUGAGGAGCCACACUGGCGAAAAAACUUUUUCCUGCUCAGUUUGUGGAAAAAGAUUCACCCAGAAGAGCACCUUAAACACACACAGAAGAACCCACACUGGUGAAAAACCUUUUUCCUGCUCAGAUUGUGGUCAAGGAUUCGCUCGUUUAGAAACCUUAAAAAAACACACAAGAACCCACACUGGUGAAAAACCUUUUUCCUGCUCAGUUUGUGGAAAAAGAUACACUCAGAAGGGCACUUUAAACACACACAGAAGAACCCACACUGGUGAAAAACCUUUUUCCUGCUCAGAUUGUGGUCAAGAAUUCAGUUGUAAGAGUGCCUUAAAAAAACACACAAGAAUCCACACUGGUGAAAAACCUUUUUCCUGCUCAGUUUGUGGAAAAAGAUUCACUCAGAAGAGCACCUUAAACACACACAGAAGAACCCACACUGGUGAAAAACCUUUUUCCUGCUCAGUUUGUAGAAAAAAAUUCAUUCUGAAGAGUGCCUUAAACACACACACAAGAACCCACACUGGUGAAAAACCUUUUUCCUGCUCAGUUUGUGGUCACAGUUUCAGUGAAAAGGCAAACUUACAAAGACACACAAGAAUCCACACUGGCGAAAAACCUUUUUCCUGCCCAGUUUGUGGUCAAGGAUUCAGUCAUAAGAGUGCGUUAAUAGUACACACAAGAACCCACACUGGCGAAAAACCUUUCUCCUGCUCAGUUUUUUGUGGUAAAAAAUUCAGUGAUGAGAGUGCCUUAAAAGUACACACAAGAACCCCCACUUGCGAAAAACCUUUUUCCUGCUCAGUUUGUGGUCAAACAUUUGCUUGGAAGCAAACCUUAAAACGACACACAAGAAUCCACACUGGCGAAAAACCUUUUUCCUGCUCAGUUUGUGGUCGAGGAUUCUCUCGAAAGCAUGCCAACAGGUUAUGGGCCCAGAUCAGAGCCGUGAUGCACAGUGAGAGGUUUCAUGACAAGCCAGGUGAAAGUCGUGACGAUCACUGCGUGCACCUGUGA